AUAUAACACGUGGGAACCAGAGGAGAACAUUCUGGAUCCCCGGCUGCUGAUCGCCUUCCAGAACAGGGAACGACAGGAGCAGCUGAUGGGAUAUCGAAAGAGAGGGCCCAAACCCAAGCCACUGGUGGUACAGGUACCCACCUUUGCCCGUCGCUCCAAUGUCCUGACUGGGCUCCAAGACUCCUCUGCUGACAACCGUGCCAAGCUGGAGCUGGGCACACAGGGCAAGGGCCAGGGGCACCAGUACGAGCUCAACAGCAAGAAACAUCACCAGUACCAGCCACACAGCAAGGAGAGGUCGGGUAAGCCGCAGCCCCCAGGCAAGAGCGCCAAGUACUACUACCAAUUGAACAGCAAGAAGCACCACCCCUACCAGCCUGACCCCAAAAUGUAUGACCUGCAGUAUCAGGGCGGCCACAAGGAGGCAUCCAGCCCCACCUGCCCAGACCUGGGCACCAAGAGCCACCCUCCUGACAAGUGGACCCACGGUGCAGCAGCCAAAGGCUACCUCGGGGCAGUGAAGCCCCUGGCUGGAGGGGCGGGAGCUCCAGGCAAGGGCUCGGAAAAAGGCCCUCCCAACGGGAUGACACCGGCCCCUAAAGAGGCGGUGACGGGCAAUGGAAUUGGGGGCAAAAUGAAAAUCGUCAAGAACAAGAACAAGAACGGGCGCAUAGUGAUUGUGAUGAGCAAGUACAUGGAGAACGGCAUGCAGGCGGUGAAGAUCAAGUCCGGAGAGGUGGCCGAGGGCGAGGCGCGCUCCCCUAGCCAUAAGAAACGCGCUGCAGAGGAGCGCCACCCUCCAGCCGACAGGACUUUUAAAAAGACGGCAGGGGGUGCAGAGGAGAAGAAGGCUGAAGUAGCCUGCAAGCGCAGGGAGGAGGAGGCGCUGGGGCCCGGAGACCCUCAGCCCCAGGAUCCAGGACCUCGAAAGCUCUCCCCAACCAAGGAGGCCUUUGGUGAGCAGCCGCUGCAGCUUACUACCAAGCCGGACCUGCUGACCUGGGACCCAGCCAGGAGCUCGCAGCACCCACCCACCCAUCACCAUCACCACCAUCAUCACCACCACCACCACACGGUCGGCCUGAACCUCUCCCACGCGCGGAAGCGCUGCCUCUCUGAGACCCAUGGCGAGCGUGAGCCCUGCAAGAAGCGGCUGACGGCCCGCAGCAUCAGCACACCCACCUGCCUGGGGGGCGGUUCUGCUGCAGAGCGCCCGGCCAACGUGUCACCCCCUACCACCACCGCCUCUCUCCCGCAGCCCGAAGUCAUUCUGUUGGACUCCGACCUGGAUGAGCCCAUAGACUUGCGCUGCGUCAAGACGCGCAGUGAAGCAGGGGAGCAGCCCAGCUCCCUCCAGGUGAAGCCCGAGGCUCCAGUCGCGGCCUCAGUGGUGGCACCGCAGGCCUCUGCAGCCGAGAAGCCUCCGGCUGAGGCCCAGGACGACCCCGCGGAGCCCCUGAGCGAGUUCAAACCCUUCUUUGGGAAUAUAAUUAUCACUGACGUCACAGCGAACUGCCUCACCGUCACGUUCAAGGAGUAUGUGACGGUGUAGUGGGGAGGAAUCCCAAAAAAGCAAGCGCUUUCCAGCGAGGCUGAGCGCCUACAACCUGGGAAAAGCUCCCGAGGGGAAGACACCCUGGCCCAAGCCGGCCGGGCCUCUGCUCCAGCCCCCGGGAUCCCGGUUGAGGUGUCGGUCUUGCAUCGGUCUCCUCCCACUCGGUGCCUGCGGUCUCUAGCCGCCACCUCCCUUCCCCUUCAGGAGACCCGAGUCCCCUAGCUUCCCCACCCCAUGGACCUGCGAACUGACUGACCCAACAGCCCCGAAGCGGUCUCAGAGUUAUAGUAUUAUAUUUUAACCGUGCUAACUUGUCAAGUGCUGGCUCUACUCCCGUUUGUACGUGGUGUUAUUAUUGAAAUGUAUUGUUUGAGCUCAAAAGGCCCGACCACCCCCACUUCGGGCUGAAAUAUAUAUAUAAUAUAUAUUUAUUUGUAGGUAUUUAUAUAUUGAAAUAUAAAAACCUAGAUUUAUGGAGUUUCCUCUAGAUCUUGUUAUAUUCUAUAUCAAACUAUUUUCUGUUAACCUUUCCCUUCAUUCAGUAUUUCGGUUGGCUUUAUUUCCCCCUUCCAAGAACUUCAAUACCGGUAACCUUGGUAUAUAUUUUUUGAUACUGUACACAUGGAUGUGUUGUUUCUAUGUGCAAAAAAAAAAAAGUUUGUUAAAAGGCUAAAGAAUCUCUCUAGACCUGCUGCUAGGAUGUCUAAACUAUAAGCUUCCGACUAUUACCUGCUUGAAUGUAAAUAUUAAAUGGAGAUGUUGAAGGUGCA